AUGGCUUCAAUUUGUAGCUUCGGAAUAGCUUUUGUAUUAGGCCUUAUUCUUGGGUGCAGUCGUGCAGAAGAUAAGCUCUUCAAUGUCCAAUCCUACGGUGCUAAAGCAGAUGCAAACACAGAUAAUAGUAAGGCAUUCUUGAGUACUUGGAAGGAUGCAUGCCAAUGGAGUGGAACAGCCAAAUUCUUGAUACCUUCAGGGGAAUACUUGGUAUAUGCUGCAAAUUUUAUUGGACCAUGCAGUGGAUCCAUAACCUUCCAAAUCCAAGGGGUUGUUAAAGCUCCAACAGAUCCUUCUCUAUUCUGCAAUUCGACUUGGAUUUCCUUUCAAUAUGUGAAUGGCUUAGAGAUUGAAGGAGGCGGAACUUUAGAUGGACAAGGGGCUUCAGCUUGGCCUUAUUUUGAUACUUCCAAGAAUUCUAACUGCCCAGCCCUUCCUAUCGCAUUCUUGAGUACUUGGAAGGAUGCAUGCCAAUGGAGUGGAACAGCCAAAUUCUUGAUACCUUCAGGGGAAUACUUGGUAUAUGCUGCAAAUUUUAUUGGACCAUGCAGUGGAUCCAUAACCUUCCAAAUCCAAGGGGUUGUUAAAGCUCCAACAGAUCCUUCUCUAUUCUGCAAUUCGACUUGGAUUUCCUUUCAAUAUGUGAAUGGCUUAGAGAUUGAAGGAGGCGGAACUUUAGAUGGACAAGGGGCUUCAGCUUGGCCUUAUUUUGAUACUUCCAAGAAUUCUAACUGCCCAGCCCUUCCUAUCUUUUGCCGUAAAAGUGCAUUUACGAUAUUACUCAAUCAUAGAAGCGACAGCCCUAACACCGACGGCAUUCACAUGAGCGUCUCCACCAACAUUCAAGUUUUGGAUUCCAACAUUGGCACCGGAGACGAUUGUAUAUCUAUGAUCAAUGGCAGCCAAAGCAUCAACAUUUCAGGAAUAACUUGUGGCCCUGGCCAUGGAAUAAGCAUCGGAAGCUUAGGGAAAAUACAAAAUGAAGUCGUCACAGACGUACACGUCAAAAAUUGCACUCUCAUUGCUACUCAAAAUGGCGCCAGGAUUAAGACUUGGGCACCAUCGGAGUCUGGUAGUGCCACAAGUAUAAAUUUUGAGGAUAUUUUCAUGGAUAAUGUUAGAAAUCCUAUCAUUAUUGAUCAGCAUUAUUGUUCAUCGCCUCCUUGCAGCAGUCAGGCGAGCUCAGUGCAAAUCAAAGACGUGACAUUCAAUAACAUAAGAGGAACUUCAAGUUCAAUGGCAGCUGUUACUUUGAAUUGCAGUGCUUCAUUUCCUUGCCAGGGAAUCAACCUUAGUGAAAUCAAUUUGGUAUACAAUGGAGCUGGUGGACCCGCUGUCUCGUCGUGUGAUAAUGCCCACGGGACUGCCACCGGCAUGGAGUUGCCUCCAAGUUGUUUAAAAUCGUCUCUUGAUUCAUGA